UUUUGUUUAUAUAUUGAUGCCACUCGGGUCUCACGCUCAGCAUUCAUUGUCUUAUCCCUCCUAUUUGCAUUAUACAUAAUUCUGUUCUCCUGUUUUACAUUUACAAUGAUUUAGCAUUUCUUGCGUCAAUUCGCAUCAAUUUUUUUUUAUUGAAAUUCCUGUAUUAAAUAUUCUGAGUAUUAGAUCUCAGAAUAAGCUUAAGAAAUGGCCUCAAUAUCUUCCAGUCCUCGAACUGUAGAAGAGAUCUUCAAGGAUUUCAGCGCUCGUAGGGCCGGAAUUGUUCGGGCCUUAACUCAUGAUGUAGACGAGUUCUACGGUCUUUGUGAUCCAGAAAAGGAGAAUUUGUGCCUAUAUGGCCAUCCAAACGAAACUUGGGAAGUCAAUCUCCCUGCCGAGGAAGUCCCCCCUGAGCUUCCAGAACCUGCCCUUGGGAUAAAUUUUGCAAGGGAUGGUAUGAAUCGAAGAGAUUGGCUUUCACUGGUUGCUGUGCAUAGUGAUUGUUGGUUGCUAUCUGUAGCAUUCUACUUUGGGGCACAGAUACCCCGGAAUGAUAGGAAGCGCCUUUUUAGCUUAAUGAAUGAUCUUCCCACGGUCUUUGAAGUUGUGGCAGAAAAAAAGCCUUCAAAAGACAAACCUAGUGCAGAUAGUGGGAGCAGAUCACGGGGCAGUGUAAAGAGAAGCAGCGAUGGACUGGUGAAAAGCGCAGCCCCAAAAGUGGCUGACGAAAGUUAUGAAGAAGAUGAAGAGGAACAUGGUGAAACAUUGUGUGGCUGCUGCGCAGGAAAUUACAAUGCAGAUGAGUUUUGGAUUGGGUGUGACAUAUGUGAGAGGUGGUUCCACGGGAAGUGCGUAAAGAUAACACCUGCCAAAGCAGAGAGCAUAAAGCACUACAAGUGUCCAUCUUGCAGCUUGAAGCAACGAGGCAGACCAUAAUAAUAAACCUUAAAAAACACCCUGAAGAGGAUGCCUUUGUGUUGUUUUUCAUUCUGACAUAAAUAGCUUUAGCCAUUUUUCACUACUUUGUAAUGAAGAGAUAUGUUGUUGUGAUGAUUGCUUAAAAAGGAAAGGAAAAUCCUGUCGUUGCUCCUCAAUCCAUGUCAAAAGAUCAAAAGAACAGCAUAAUUUAUAGGUUUUAUCAAUUUGCUGUAGAUGCUUUCAUCAUAUUCAUAAAGCCUAGUUAUAAAUAAUGUGUGCAUCUGGAGUUCUUUUUCUUGAUUUAAUAACUUGUUUUCUG